GGAAGUUUAUUUGAGAUUUUAGGUGUUUAUUUGAGAUUUUGGGAGAUUUAUUUGAGAUUUUGGGUGUUUAUUCCGGUUUUGUGGGAGCCCGUUGCCGGUUGGGGGUGGGUUAUUCCGCGAAUUAUUCCGGAUGUUAAUGGAUUUAUUCCGGGUUUAUUUUUAAUUUCCCGCAGGUUGUUUCUCGGGCGGUGGUUUGACCUUCCCCGAGCCCAGCCUCCGGCACUAGGCCCCGGAUCCCCGGCCUCUAUUUGUGCCGAUGCCGGGCCUACAGGAGACGGACCCCGCCUCGGGCUCGGGCCCGGGCCCAGGCCCAGGCCGCUGCCGGCUCCCCGGGGCUCGGCUGACGGUGGAGCCGCUUGUUUUCCUCAGUAUGCUGGCGCUGGUGCUGCAGGCCCCGCUCUCCACUCAGUACAUCUUCCAGAGAAUCAGCUCCGAGCUCGGCUUCAGCGGAAACCGGAGCCGAGGCUGCAACAAGAGCCAAGGGAGCCAGGCCCAGCUGGAGAAGGAAGUGGAGACUCUGACCUCCCAUUGGAACCUGUACAUUAACGUUGGGGGUUUUGCCGUGGGACUGUUCUCUGCGACACUGCUCGGACCGUGGAGUGACCGCGUGGGCCGUAGACCCAUCCUGACCUUACCGGGAAUCGGUCUGUCGCUGCAGGCUGCGGUUUAUCUCAUUGUCAUGUACCAAGAGCUGCCAGUCGGCUUCCUUCUGAUUGGCCGGCUGCUGAGUGGGCUUCUGGGCGAUUUCAACAGCAUCCUGGCCGGAUGUUUCUCGUACAUCGCAGACAUCAGCGACAAGCCAUCACGGACGUUCCGGAUUGCCGUGCUGGAGGCGUGCCUGGGAAUAGCGGGAAUGUUUGGCAGUAUUAUUGGAGGCCAAUGGAGUAAGGCUCAAGGCUACAUCAUCCCGUUCUGGCUGGUGUUGGCACUGAAUGUGGUGACUGUCAUCUAUGCUUUUGUUUUCAUUGAGGAGUCUGUGACCGUGAAGAGACCAGGCAAACUGUUGACCAUGGAGCAUUAUCGCUCGGUGUACCGCCUGUACUCCAGUGGGCAGGAGACUGGACGUCGGCACCGUCUCUGCCUGUAUGCACUGUCCCUCUUUAUCAUGGUGACUGUGCAUUUCGGAGUCAAGGACAUCCUGGUCCUCUUUGAGCUGAGUUCCCCGCUGUGCUGGCGAUCCGAUCAGAUUGGAUACGGCUUAGCAGUUGAGCACAUGACCUACUUGAGCAGCCUCCUGGCCCUGAAGAUGAUGCAGUAUUGCCUUGGUGACACUUGGAUCGCUGAGAUCGGACUGUUGUCAAAUGUGGCUGGUUUGGUGACUUUCUCAGUAGCAGCAAACAGCACUGUCAUGUUCACCGGUUACGGGCUACGUUUUCUCGCUAUGGCAACUACACCAGUGAUCCGAGCUAAAUUGUCAAAGUUGGCUGAUGUGACAGAACAAGGAGCCCUGUUCGCUUCGGUCGCAUGUGUGGAGAGUGCGUGCUCACUGGUGUCUACACUUGUCUUCAACUCCUUAUAUCCUGCAACACUGCACUUCAUGAAAGGAUUCACUUUCCUGUUCGGGGCUGCCCUGCUCCUCAUUCCAGCUGGAAUAGUCGGUGUUCUGGGCUGCGAAGAGAGGAAGGUGCUGUACAGACGCUUUGAGAGCCCGGCCGCUACUGCUGUGAAUCGCGAUUGUGAUCCUGCCUCCGACCACAGUGAGCAGGUUACCCCUGUCACCUGCUGAUUCUGGUGCGGAGUUUUACCACGAAACCUUUGUCAUCACCGUGGGUUUGCCCGCUACUCUGCCUGUCACUGUGAGUAAAUCCGUAUCAGAGAUAACAACGUGUGGAGCUGGAUGAACACAG